AAAAAAAUUGAUAAUAAACCUAUUUUUCUCUUAUAUAAAUAUAAAAUUGUUUUCAUGAACUAAAUUGUAAUGAUAUGCAAUGUGCUAAACAGAACUACCACAGUGAUCGAUUUCUGUUAAAAAUAGAGAUGAGUUAACUACUGGAUGGACAUAACAAACAGUUAAUCAAGCAAACAUUUCUAGCAACAAAGUAUUAUCUAUCUCAGCCAUAGCAAGGGUGUAGGAUUUAGAAAAUAACAAUUAUUUUGUUAAGUCAUGAUGGCUUACACAAAUGAGGUUAAACAGGGGCUACUUCCUAAUUAUUACGAUAAAGAAAAUUUAGGAGAGGAUGAUGAAGAUGAUGAGGAUAAUCAGUUCAUCAUUUCUCUUGAGGACAACGGUGAAGAGGAUGGACUUCUCUGCAGCCCUGAAGAUGUUUUACAAUAUAACCCAUCCUUAUGUCAGAUACCAACCACAACAAUAGAUGAACAAAUUCUAAGGAAACCGUUAGUUCUCGAGCCUUCUGAUAAAUCUUCUGGCUUGGAUACAGAAAUCAUCACAUUUCCAGCCCAUUAUGCUACAAAAAAUCAAGGUACUGUUGUCAACUCUACAUCUCCCUCAAAUUUUACAAAUCAGAAUGCUCAUUCCAUAAUAAUUCAAGGUCACACUGCUGAAAGACAAUCAGAAAUAAUUCCAUCUGCAUUUUCAAAUUCUGAUUUUACUGUAGUUAGGUCUAAAGAGAACCCUGCUUCAUUAGCUUCACUUAAAGAUAUAAGUUCUCUUAACUAUGAACUUGAUUCUCAAAGAAAUAAAAGUUAUAAUAACUUCAGUGGAACAGACAAGGAUAAUUACAGUGGUACUGCAGCUGCUCCACUCAAUUUAUCAACUUCACAAAAAGAUUAUAACAGAACAACAGUACCUAACAAUGAGGCAUUGUUUUCCAAAUCACCAAAAAAACUAGGGACAGAAUCUUGUGGGAUGCUUUUAAAAUGUUUGAUUAAUGGUUAUUCUUCUGACAAAUUGGAAAAAAGUAAUCCACCGACAGCUGCUUCCCUUCACCCAUAUAAUUCUACCUCAAAUAGUCACAAUCAUGUUGGGGAACCCUUAUCUUCCCUCCCAGCACAGCCUACUGUUCACUCUCCAUCUCUAAGUGCCUUAUUAUCCAGGGCUGCAACAUACCAGUCUCAAUUUAACACUGAAAAGUAUAACGUUCCCACAUUGUCAGGUCCAUUUCCAAGGAAUGAAACUCCUGAUUCUAAAACAGAGAAUUGUACAAGACUUCCAGAUAAUCAUUCCAUUUCCACUGACACAACAAGCUGUACUUGUAUUAUGUGUUAUAAAGGUCGUGGAAUAUUUGACUCUGAUCCAACUGUUACACUGCCUAAACCUCAAGAAGAAGUCUCAUUAAAAAGAAAAAGACCUUGUGUUUCAAGUAGAGGAGAAAAGAAACAGCUUCGCCAAUUGGGUAUCAAAUCCUAUCAAAUCCAACCUCCACCACCAAUGUCCCAAAUAGUAAAUGGCAAUUUAAGAAUAAAUAGUUUAAAAACACCCCCUCAGAUGACUAGUUUUCCUCAACCUUUAAGCAAUGUUGCAAUGCCUAGUUAUAUGUUGCCACCUAAUAAAUCAGUUUUAGGUCCUGCAGAAGCACAUAAGCAUAAUAGUCAUAGUUUAACUAGUCAUAGUUUAUUAGGUCGUGUAGCAAGUACAACAUCUCCUCUUACAAAAUUAACACUUUCUGUGACUCCUCAAGUCACUUCGCCUUUUACACCCACAACACAUUCCAUUUUAAACUCUACAUUAUCCAGUCCUGUGUCUAGCUCUGUUACUUAUAAGAUAGUACAUGUUAGUCCUGAUGAAGUUAUCCUCUCUACAUCAAACUGCACAGCUCAGUCACGUGAACAAGUUCUAGGAAUACCUUCUACAGUUAGGCAUCCAGUGGCAUUAAACGCAACAGAAGUAAAUCUCAAUUCACCUCUAGUUCCUCAUUCUCCAUCUAAUGCUGGAAAAAUAAACCAAUCAGAAUCAUCCAUAAAUACUAAUGAUACUGGAAAAAUAAACCAAUCAGAAUCAUCCAUAAAUACUAAUGAUAAUUUAUGCAGCGCAUCAGAUUUAAAUAAACUUUUAAACAAUGCUGACAAAAUUGACCUUAGUACACCCAGCCAUGUAAUUAUUCAAACUAGAAACAAUAAAAUUGCAGUUUUAUCUACGGCAUCAUUUGAUAAAACAUCCAGUAAAUCACUCCUGAAUUCAUCAUCUUUCCGAAAUCCACAAAGCACUCCAGCAGUAAGCCUGUCAUCACCAAGUUCUUCAUCCUUGGGUAAUUUAAAAACCUCUCAGCUGUCACCUCAGACACUGCUGGGCAUUAUUAGUUCACACUUACAUGGUCAACCUUUUAAAGCCAGGGAAGUUACAGAAGAUAAAGGCAGCGUUUCCUCCCAUGUGGUGGGAUCAAACAAACCAGCUGCUCCGUGCCACACAUUAAACAUGGGUGGUAAAGUUAAACCAACAACACACACUGCUGCUGUUUCACAACCAACAGUUUCAAGCCACAAAGACAACCUGAAUACCUUAGGCAGCAGAGUUGAAGCAACAUUGACAUACACUGUUGCUUCACUACCAGCUGUUUCUAGUUACAAGGAACCAUUUGGUACUCCAGCCUGCAGAGCUGAAUCAACAUUGACAUACACUAAUGUUGCUUCACUACCAGCUGUUUCUAGUUACAAGGAUCCAUUUGGUACUCCAGCCUGCAGAGCUGAAGCAACAUUGACAUACACUAAUGUUGCUACACUACCAGCUGUUUCUAGUUACAAGGAUCCAUUUGGUACUCCAGCCUGCAGAGCUGAAGCAACAUUGACAUACACUAAUGUUGCUACACUACCAGCUGUUUCUAGUUACAAGGAACCAUUUGGUACUCCAGCCUGCAGAGCUGAAGCAACAUUGACAUACACUAAUGUUGCUACACUACCAGCUGUUUCUAGUUACAAGGAACCAUUUGGUACUCCAGCAAGCAGAGCUGAAGCAACAUUGACAUACACUAAUGUUGCUUUACCAACUGUUUCUAGUUACAAGGAACCAUUUGGUACUCCAGCAAGCAGAGCUGAAGCAACAUUGACAUACACUAAUGUUGCUUUACCAACUGUUUCUAGUUACAAGGAACCAUUUGGUACUCCAGCAAGCAGAGCUGAUGCAACAUUGACAGAAGCAAAUAAUGCUUGCGUCAAGUGCCAAGAAAACCCCAUUCCACAACCACCAGCAAUAGGAUCUUCCAAAUCUUACCUUGAAGACUGGGUUGACAGUGCUAAAACGUUUUCUUCACAAAAUCAUAAUCAGGCUCAAUUUUUACAAAAGAAUAGUGAUAUAGAUCAAUCAGCUGUCAGUGGAUGUUAUAGUACAACAUCAAAUCAGUGUAAAACUAAUGUGAAAUUGGAAAAUUCUUCUAUUUAUAACUGUGACAUAGAGUAUUUCCCAAACACCAGCAAUUCAUGGACUAAAAAGGAUAACUCUGCUACUAGGCUGGAUCUUCCCAGGUCUCCCAGAGUUUCACAGGCUCCAAAUGUUAAACCCUUAAUUCACAAUGAACCUGAUGAUAAAUCAGAUGAUCCUGUUGUACAGCCUCCAGCAGACAGGGUAACAGAAAGAGCUGGUACACACCAACCUGUAAUAACAGCUUCACAGAGUAUUCCGAACCUUAAUCCUGUCCUUAAUCAGCCAAAUGGUUUAAUUAACUCCUUAAAGAAAGGUGUGUUUUCAAGCAGGCAUCCUCAGUUUAAAAAAUCAAGGCUGAAAUCAGUUGUUGAUAUGCAAAAUGGAACAUCUUCAACUGUUAUUUCAGGGUCAGAAGGUAUCAAGUUGAAAAUCAGAUUAAGUGAAAACAGUAAGUCACCUAACAAAUGUAGUAUUGAUCCAUUGAUUACUAAAGCAGGUGUCUCACAGAUCUCAUUGAAUGGAGAGGAAACUGGUUCUCAUCUGUUGCAACAAGUUGCUGGUAAAAUUGAGACUGUAAACAAAGAAGCUGUAGCCUGUGACAGAGUUGAGACAGCAGAAGAAAUGUUCCAGCGCUUUCAGGAGCAGGCAAUGCAGGAAGUGUUCAAGGCACAACUUGGGGUAGGCUCAGUUAGUCGCAGCCUGCGGCCGACAAGACAUAACCUGGCAUUUUUGGACAAACCUAUAGAAAGGGAUCAGUCUAAAAAGAAAAAGUAUGAGCUAGAAAAAUCAGUUGUUGACUGUGGUUUGAAGGUUAAUUCAGAUGUUCCAUGUAUCAAUAAAGAAAAUUUGGAGGAAAAAGAAUGCAAGAAAAGGAGACGCUUGUCUGAUGAACCUGGUCUAGUUAAAUUUCCAAGGCUGUCUAUUAAUGAUUAUCCCAGAUUAAAACAAGACAAUAGUAUAUCCUACCGUAAAAGAAUUGUAUGUUCUAACAUACUAGCUGGCCACAAGGUGUAUGUUAAGUUUAAUACAUAUGAAAAUAUGCAUAGUGGCCGAUGUUUCCUGGUGCCUUUUUUCAACAUUGGUGGCUCUCGUACACAGUUUGAUGUGGAAGACAUGGAAUAUAUCAACCAAGCUGUUGCAGAGUUUGAAAGAGAGGAGAGAUCAUGUGCACGUCAUUUACUAUAUUACACUCGUGAAGGAAAUAAGGCUGUGUUCCUGAGAAAAGAGACCAAUCUCCAUACUUAUCAGGUGUCAGAAAAAAACUACAAGAAGUGUAGCUUUGUUUUGGAUGGUUUCAAAAGGGAAGCCCCCAAACCAGUGGAACCUGUGGUAGAACAGUGGAAAGUUGAUCAGUCUGUGGAUAUAGAAAUAGACAGAGCAGAGGUGGAUAAUGAGAUAGAAGAAAACUUUGAAUCUCUCAUCAACAUGAGCACUGAAAAAGCUGCUGCUGUACACACGUCCCCAGUGUCAAACUGUAGGCGCAGGUAUAGUGUUGACAGCAGCACAUGUGGUGCUGAUUCACCCGCUGACAUGUUAACUCAGGAAACAGUAUUUUAUCACCCUAAGGAUUCUGGAGAUAAAUUACCAUUUAGUCAGUUGCCUAUUUCAAAUACAAGUUCUCAAAGAGUAACAUUGCAUCAGUUGUUUAACCUUGAAGAAGACAGUACACACACAGUAACCCCGCCUAUGACAAAGAAAGAUAGUGAAUUAGAAAUACAUGUGUUGAAUCCUUGUUCUUUAAGUGUUUCGCCUGAUAAGCAAAAAUCAUUAUCUGGAAAAACAGUUGAGAAUGGGUCAUACUGUUCAGUAUUGCUCAGUAACCUCAACACAGUUAUCAAAAGUGAAGUCAUUGAUGAUAGCUAUGAAGAAGCAAUCAAUAUAUACACUUCCAGUGUAGACCCUUUUCUUGUUACAGCUGAAGAUUCUGUGUUAAAAACACCUGCUAACAUAAAACAAGAAGCUGUGAAUGAUGAACAUAUAACUUCUGAGGCUGAUCAACAACACUUUGAUCAAGCAACCUUUGAAAACCAAAUUGACAAAACACAAGGAAGUCCAAAUCCAACACCAGCUGUUUCACCUAAACCUAUUUCCAGCAGUGAACCAAUAGACAUGCCCAGUAAUGAGAUAACUGCUGGCAAAGACAAGAGGCCUUGUCUUGAAGAUCCAACUCUAGAUUCUUCCUCUCAGAAAACACAAGAAUUAGAUCCGUCAUUAAAAAAGACACCAACAGAUACGGAUUCUCUUCUAUCACCUGUUGAUAGUGAAUUAGUUGAAACUGAAUCCCUCCCACCAUCUUCUUCCAUAUCAGAAUCCAGCGAGAUUUCAACAUCAAGUGAAAUAGAAGACUCUGGUGAAGAACUUGAAGAUGAUUUAUCUAUGACAGGGUCAUUGGCAGACAUGAAUGAAAGCCAGCAUCCUGUUCAGAGCAAAAUCACCAGUUUAGUUGAAUCUCUCAGGCAACGUUUAACACAGGAAACUCCUAACCUCCCCCCAUGGUUGGCUGGCCAACCCCCACCCUUAAUUAAAGCUAAAUUAAAAAAGAAGAGAUUGAGAAAUAAAGAAAAAUCUACAACUAAAGUAGCGUUAGUAGCAGAUAAUCAACUACCACAGGAAGGUGGUAAUGAAUGUUUGCCGUCCAACAUUUCACCACCAGUUGAACACAUUCAAGUUGAAACUCCUGUGUCUGACACUUCCUCAAUCUGUACACUUACCUGUUCUGACACAACAAAUUCUACCAUACUGGUACCAUCUACAUCUGCCACCUCACCAGAAAAUGAACCGUCAGUUGAAAAUAAUGCUGAAACCUCUGCUUUGCUGGACACAAGGUCAACAGAAAUAUCAACAGGGUCUAUGCACCUACCUGUGAUACGACCUGUAGAAAACAUUGUUUUAACACAACAGCAACCAGUUGCUAGUCCCAAGACCUGUGAAUAUCUAACAACUCACAAUGUUACCAGUGUUGAUACAUCUACUAUACCUAGUGUGUUUGGGUUGAAUACACCAAGUAGUAGUGGGAUGGAACCUAGUGCAGAAGCUGUGCAGAUUGUAGUACCUAAACCCUUGUCACCAACUAAUAACCAUAAGAUGCACCAAAGUGUUCCACUGUGUGAUUUUAGGCCCAUUGAAUCCACCCAUUCCACACCAGGUCUUUGUGAGACUGACCUUACAUUAGCAGAUAACAGCACGGCUCCACCACUGGCUGAGACUGCUGGCAUCUCCACUUGCUCCACACCCAGUGAUUUUGAAAUAGAAGUUGGUACAGAAGAGUUUCCAGAUGUUUACCUGUCCUGCCCGUCUCUUCUUCCAAACCUGGACUCCCUUCCCUCUUCUAACAGUAAGAUAACGUGGAGAGCCUUUAGUAAACCGUAUAGCAUUUUAGUAUCCCAAAACCAUUCUUCUGAAUCUUCUUCAAGAUUUUCUCCAAUAAGUACUGGAAGCCCUGCCUCUUCUUUCUCCCCAACCAAACUUCAGAAUACACAAAUGUGCCUCAAUAAAAGGAAUGCAAAUCAAAGAAGUAGAUCAAAAGCAAGAAGAAAAUUUCUGUCCCGGCCUAGAUCUAAUAAAAGAAGAGCACAGGCUAAAGAAGCUCAACAACUCUACCUGCCCACUGUAUCUCAGGAAUCAGAGUCAGUCACCAGCUACUUGAGUAAAAAGUUUUCCUCCUCUGAUUCUAAGAUCAAAGGGCCAAGAUUGUUGUCUGCCAACAAAACCCCAGUACAGAAGAAGCAGGAGACAGUAACCAACUCCAUGCCUGACAACAACACUCAAACACAGAAGCAACAAGAGGCUGUUGGUAGCUCCAAACUGAUUGUCCCUGAGCCUAUUAGCACAGAAGAAUUGUCCAAGACACCAAGCCUCAGUGAGAUAUUUGGGAUAGACAUUAAACCUGAGGCCAUUCAAACAUCUUCAGCAGCUCAGUACAAGCUGCAUAACAACAUAGCAAGCUCUGGUCAAGACUCUAGAACUUCCACUGGUACAAAACAGGUGGCUAAAAAGAGAACGUCCAGAAAAUGCAAAAGAAAAAAGGGAUCUAAAGUGACCCCAAACCCAACAGAUUUGAAUACAUUUUCUGAAGUAUCAUGUGAUCAACCUAAGGUAAUACAGUCAGCAAAAAGAAAUAAAGUGCUCACCAAAAAUAACGUACAAUUAUUUAAAUCUGCUGCUAGAAAUACAAUAAGUCAUGACGAGUCAAAUAAAGCUAUUAUAUCUAAAACAACUGGUCAAAUUUCAGAAGAGCUGUUGUCGGGUUUUCCCAGGUGUUGUGUUAUUGUCCACAAAGUUGAAGACAUGCAGCUAGAACCAGGGUCUAGUGCAGGUACUUACAUAAUCAGGAAAAACAGUGCUGCAUCAGUUAACAGCAGUUCAGCUGUCAACACCAGUACUACAGAAGUCUACAGCAGCACAGCAGAAGUCAGCACGACAGCAGUUAAGCUGGAACCAUUGAAUGCUGAUACCACCACCACCACCAAAACAUCAUCUAAGAGAUUAUUUAAUAGUAGAAAAAAGAAACGAGCUUCAAGAAAGUCUGGUCCCCGGCCUAAAAAGGACAUUGUUGAAUAUUAUGCUUCUAUGCUGGAGUCUUUACAGAAAAAGGCACAGCAACUAGAAGAAGAAAGUAAAAAGCAAAAGGAAGAAGAAAGUAAAAAGCAAAAGGAAGAAGAAAGUAAAAAGCAAAAGGAAGAAGAAAGUAAAAAGCAAAAGGAAGAAGAAAGUAAAAAGCAAAAGGAAGAAGAAAUAAAAGCCAAAGAAGCAUUUGAAAAACAAUCUAAUGAAAAGAUGAAUUCUGAUAUCUGUGCUGAAAAGACAAAUGAAUCAGAAGAGAAUGUUGAAAUGACAGAGAAAUCUGAUGUUUUAAAUGAAAGCACUGAGGAAAUGGGUGGGACGUCAGACACAAACAAAAACCCAGAACUUUUUCCUUUGUGUUAUAGUAAUAAAUCACCUUCAGUCAACAAUGUCCAUGAAAAGAAAUUCAGUGAUAAAAAAUUGGAAGAUGUAAAAGAUAUAGAUGAGAUGAAUGUGGAUGAGUUCUUGGGGCAGAUGGAUGAAGAUUUGUUGAAUCAAUCGGCUGAAGAUGAUCUGCUAUGUAACACAAAUGGAGAAGAGAAAGAAUUAGAUAUGCUAUUAACAGGGCUCAGUUUACCUGGUAAAAUUCUGAAAGAUAGUUGUACAGAUGAAACAAAACUGUUAGAGAACAGUGAGGUGGUACAACCUGGCAGUAAGAAACCUGAUAACUUACUAGAUAUGGAUAUAGGCAUGUCUUGUGUAAUAAAUAAACAUCAAGACAUUACACAAGUACCAUGUCCAGCUCAAGAAAUGGAAGCAAAUUUUGGCAAAAAAGAUAUUUUAUUGUCCAGCAAAUUGGAUGAAGAUAAGAGCAAUAAGCAGAAAGUGCUUGAUGAGGAGGAUAUGUUUUUAGAAGCUGACGAGGAUGACGAUGACUUUGGAAUAAUACCACAGAUAGAUGUGGAAAAACUGCUGGGGUUGGAUGAUAAUGAUGCUUGUAUGGAUGAAGUUACCACAGAAUCUAGAGAUGUGUUUGCUGGCAAUGACCCUUUGAGGAUAAAAAAUGUGAGGGAGGAUACCAGUACUGCUGAGUCAAAAAAUAGCCAGGCAGAGAAAGUUGAAUUAUCUGUCAAUGGAAGUAUCAAUGGAGAGACACAGCAGGAUGAACCAAGCCCACCAGCAACUGUGUGGAAAAAUAUCCUUGGACAGAUAUGUGACCAGAUGCAUCAAGUACAGCCUAGUCCUUCUAACAAGCAGGCAAGUGUAGAAAUUAAACCUUCUACCAAGUUGAGUAGUUUGAAAUUUAAACUAAAACUUCCAUCAGGGGCCUUGAUCAAAUCAUUACAGUUAUCUAAGGAAGUUAAAAAUGUAUUUGGAGAAGCAGCUUCAGAGGGCAACUCCCCUACUGAAGAAUCUCCACCUGUCACAAUGAAAUCUCAGCUUAGUGAUGUUGAACAUGGAGCUAGAGGUGAUUCAUCAAGUCUUGAUGCUAAGCCACCUAUACCAAAAUUAAAGGUUAAACUUCAUAAGGAAACUUUAUGUGCAAUUGAAAAAGCUAAAGCCCAAUUUAUCUUGACUAAGAAAAUAGAAAAGAAAGUCAAAGCAAAAUCACCAGUCAAAAGAAACCGUCAACAGGAUCAACAGUUUGAGCAAGACAUGAGUUUUUACCUCAGAACUUCCAAAAUUCCACUUGCAACAUCUGCGAAGGCAGAAGAUACAGCUAUGGUGUGUAUUUCUUCUGGGGAAAAUCCUUGCAAUAACAAAGGUGAUUCCAAUUCAACUUUAACAGAAGAGUUUAAAAAAUCUAAGAACAGCACAACAGUUGUGUCCUUGCCUGAUCACUCUAAUGAUAGUGUUACUUCUUGUAACUCUCAUGGGAAUGAUCAGAAAAAUGAAGGAAUCUUUUCUAAUGUGAAUAUGUUUAAAGAUCCGACAGAAGGAACUGUCUGCACUCAGAUAAACUCUCAGCCCAGCAACAGUGUGGUACCCAAUGCACCAAAGAAGCUCAACUUGAAUAUAGAUAUAAGUAAAUUAAAGAUGAAACUUAAAAACCCUAUGUUGUCAUGUCAUUCAAAGAAACCUUCUCUAGACCAGGCAAAUCAUUCACCCCAACCUACGGACAUGGCUCUUUCAACAAGCAACCAGGCAGCAUCCAAUGGUCAGCCCAUCUCACCUGUUAACAUCCCUACUUCUGUACCCAGUGUUAGUUCUAAACCAUUACCUGUAUUCAACUCAGCUAAGCUUUGCAAUCUCCUCAAAAACAUGCAUAAAAAGACAAAAGAACCCAGCUCAUCCCUUGAAAAUACACCUAGUAAGUCCAGUGACAGUAUCCCCUCCCCUGCUUCUGCACCCAAUACAUCCACUGAGAAGGCAGGGCGGGGACCUAGAAGAAGUUUAAGAAAUAGCCCAGCCUCCAGUACACCCAUCAAGCCAGUUAAAAAUACAAGGAUAAAAACUAGGUCCAAAGUUGUGGAAAGUUCAACGUCUGCAAACAUUGCACCCUGCGUGCCAGUACCUCCAAAAGAGCAAGAGGACAAAGGUGAAAGAUCAUUUUUUGACUGUUUGACUAGUGUUUUGGAGGGGCAGCAAAAUAUUUAAACAGAAAACAUCAGGCUACUUAAAAGUAUUUUAAUUUUAGUAUUGUACUUAAGAUAUUUUGAUGCUAGGACAAGAGAAAAUUAACUAACUGAAAGAGAAAUGUUUUUAUAUGAUUUUUGCUGUUUCUUUCACAAAAUCAGACGUGUUAGUGAAUAGAUUUUUUUUAAAAACUAGCUCACACAUCCAUGCUUUUUUCUGUUUUUUUUUUUUUUUUGGUUCCUUUCAUCAGUAUGAAUAGUAGGUCAAUCUUCUGUUUCAUGAUCUUUACUACAAUACUUGAAUCUAUAGAUUAUGUUCAAAAUUGCUAAGUGUGCUUGCAAAGGAGUUAAAGUAUUUUUGUAAUGUGUUUGUAAAAAUUAGUGAAACUGAUUUAAUAUAAGUUGAUUUUUAUGUAUAAUUUUCUCUAACCUGAAAAUUGUUCCAUGUAAUAUUUUACCCUUUAAAUUCAAGUAUAAAAUUUUGGUUAAUUUUAUUGUGCACACUCUAGGUAACAGGUAUGCUUUUUAUUCCUAACAUGAGGGUCUAUUUUGUGAUCAAAGCAUGGUUGUUCAAGUACUUUAUUUGUUUUUUAAAUUCUUGUUAUACAUUGGCUGUGUAUAUAUAUACCUAUUAUAUAUGUAAAUUAACAUAUCACAAAUAAGCAUUAGUAAUGUCCAGAAACCAUAAGAGGUACCAUUAUAUAUAUACGGUGUUUUUCUUUUGAAUUUUAGUCAUACUUUUGUAGUAUCUAGUCGAGUGAUCCUAACAAAUGGUCUAAGAACCAUGAGCAUUUAAUUAAAUGAAAAAGGCGAUAUUGUUAAACAAAAAUCCAUGUUGCAGUGUUGCAACCUAAAUUGAUGUUGCUAUGUAUAAUGAUAUCAGCAUUUAUUCUUCUGAUGUGUAGUACUUGGAUUGAUGUGUUGUAGCCUACUUGGAGGUGAAUCUGAACUGUGAAUCAGUACUGUUUAAGUUCUCCUAUGUUUUGUUUGAUGUAUCUGUACUAUAGUUCAUGCUUUCAGUGAUGUUUUUGGACACUUUCAUUAUGCUCUAUUUCACUGCUAAAUUAUUUCUAACCAUAUUGUUGAUACAUUUUAUCCUUUGGGCAUUUUUUUUAACUUUACAUAAGAUUUAAUUGUAAUCAAAACUAACUGAAAACUGUUAUUUCACCUUUGAAUUGUAAAUGAUGUAAAUUAUUAUUAAAUGUAAAUAAGUUGUAUUAUUGUGAUAUAUUGAAUUGUAGCUUCUUUCAAAAGAAAUCUUCACCAAAAUGUGUUCAGUAAAGAAAAUAACUUUGAUC